AUGGAUUGCUCAAGAAAGCGGCACUUGAUCUUGCACCUUCUGGUGUUUCUACUGUUAAACAAUAGCCUCCUGCUGACUUGCAGAGCUUGGGUUCGUCAUACCUUCGUGAUUGAGGAAACGCCUUACACAAGGCUGUGCAGCACGAAGAAAAUCUUGACUGUAAAUGGGCAAUUUCCGGGGCCUACUCUACAUGUUCAUAGGGGAGAUACGUUGAUCGUCGAUGUUUAUAACAAGGCAAAACAUAACAUCACCAUUCACUGGCAUGGAGUGAGGCAACCGAGGAAUCCAUGGUCGGAUGGGCCUGCAUAUAUUACGCAGUGCCCGAUUCAACCUGGAGGAAUGUUUUCGUACGAGAUCAUAUUUUCCAAAGAGGAAGGGACAUUGUGGUGGCACGCUCAUACCGAUUGGAAUCGAAUCACUGUCCACGGCGCCAUCGCCAUUUAUCCCAAGCAUGGAACUGCCUACCCUUUCCCCAAGCCUGUUGCAGAACAAGUCCUCAUACUAGGAGAGUGGUGGAAGAGAGACGUAAUGCAGGUGCUACGGCAAGCCCUUAGAACGGGAGGUCAACCCAAUAUCUCUGAUGCUUUCACCAUAAACGGACAACCAGGUGAUCUCUUUCCAUGCUCAAAACCAGGAACAUUUAAGCUUCCUGUGGAACAAGGAAAGACCUAUCUACUCCGAAUAGUCAACGCUGCAAUGAACGAUAAUCUCUUCUUCGCCAUCGCUCAACAUAAACUUACAGUCGUGGGAAGAGACGCUAGCUACAACAAGCCACUAACAAGAGACUACAUCUUGAUAUCCCCAGGCCAGACCAUUGACGCCUUGUUAGAGGCCAAUCAACCACAAAACCAGUACUACAUCGCUGCCAGAGCUUACUCCAGUGGUCAGGGUGUCAACUUCGAUAACACGACCACCACAGCAUUUCUCCAGUACUCUGGCAGUGGCAACUACGCUGCAACGUCGCCCCCAUAUUCUCUGCCCUUUCUCCCUUUCUACAACGACACAAAUGCCGCAGUUGGCUUCACCAACGCUCUGAGGAGCUUAGCAAAUGAAGAGCACCCCAUCGAUGUUCCAUUAACUGUGGACACUCGAAUCAUCGCCACAAUUUCCGCUAACACCUUCCGGUGCCCAUACAAUUCAUGUCAAGGGACAAACGGGACACGACUGGCUGCUAGAAUGAACAACAUAAGCUUUGUGAACCCACCGAUUGACAUAUUACAGGCUUAUUACUAUGGAAUAAAUGGGGAUUUUGGUAGUCGUUUUCCUGAUAAGCCACCUUUUGUUUUCAACUACACAGCCCAGUUCUUGCCUCAGAGUCUGCAGACGCCCAGAAGGGGUACUGAGGUGAAGUUCCUGGAUUAUAACUCUGCGGUAGAGCUUGUGUUUCAAGGGACUAACUUGGUUGCAGGAGAAGACCAUCCAAUGCAUCUACAUGGCUACAGCUUUUAUAUGGUUGGAUGGGGUUUCGGGAAUUUUGACAAAAAGAAGGACCCCUUGAGGUAUAACCUCGUUGAUCCUCCUGAAUUGAACACCAUUUUGGUCCCCAAGAAUGGGUGGAGUGCCAUUAGAUUCCGAGCAGAUAAUCCUGGGGUGUGGUUCAUGCAUUGCCAUUUGGAACGUCGUCUUACGUGGGGAAUGAAUGCUGUGUUCAUAGUGAAAGAUGGUGAACAGGAAGAAGCUCGCCUGCUUCCUCCACCUCCCGGUCUGCCACCCUGCUAAAUCUAUUGUAUUCCUCGUCUCUGAGGUUUUGUUGAAUCUGUAAUCCUCCAUGAAAGCGUUUCGUUCUUCCUAGACAUGCUCCCUUGUUUGUAUCCUUUGUAAUUUCAUGACACAUCUUAUUUGUGGUUUCUAAUGGAAUUCUGUUUCUCGGUC